UUAAAUGGAUUCAGCAACGGCAGCUCCACCGUCGCCGGAGCUGGACCUCGACAAUCUCAGAGCACUCAAAGUCCUCGGAAAAGGUGCCAUGGGCACAGUCUUCCUCGUUCUCGACACCACCACCGCCGCCACCCCCUUCGCACUCAAAGUGGUGGACAAAACCUCCAUCCACGCCAAGCUCGACGCCGACCGCCGCGCCCGCUGGGAAAUCCAGGUCCUCUCCCAACUUUCCCACCCAUUCCUUCCUUCAAUUCUGGGCACAUUCGAAUCUCAACAGUUCCUCGCGUGGGCCCUGCCUUACUGCCCCGGCGGCGACCUUAACGUCCUCCGUUACCGUCAAACUGACCGCGUCUUCUCCCCCGCCGUCAUCCGCUUCUACCUCGCCGAGAUCCUCUGCGCUCUCGACCACCUCCAUAGCAUGGGCAUCGCCUACCGCGAUUUAAAGCCAGAGAAUGUCCUCAUUCAACGUUCCGGUCACGUGACCCUCACGGACUUCGAUCUCUCUCGCAAGCUCAUACCAAACACCAUCAAAAUCACUGAUUCUUCUAUACCCUUGCCAGAUUCCAAGCCUCCAGAACCUCCCCGGAAACAUUGCCGGAACUUCUCCCGGUGGAUCCCGCUCCUUCCGCCGGACACGAGUCAUCAUAGCAUUAACGGCUUGAAGAAGACCAAGUCCGCUCGAGUCAGCCCGGUGAGUCGACGGAAGCCGAGUUUAUCCAACGGCGAACGGUCCAACUCGUUCGUCGGCACGGAGGAGUACGUUUCGCCGGAGGUCGUCCGCGGCGACGGCCACGAGUUCGCCGUUGACUGGUGGGCCCUGGGGAUACUCACCUACGAAAUGAUGUACGGUACGACGCCGUUCAAGGGGAAGAACCGGAAGGAAACGUUCCGAAACGUGGUGACGAAACUGCCGGCGUUCGUCGGGAAACGUUCGGCGUUAACGGACCUGAUAGAGAAGUUGUUGGAAAAGGACCCUGCACAGCGAUUGGGUUACGCGCGAGGCGCUGCGGAGAUCAAGGAGCACGAGUUCUUCAGAGGGGUUCGGUGGGAUCUAUUGACGGAAUUGGAGCGGCCGCCGUUCAUUCCGUCGAGAGAUGACGGUGUCGGAGAAUCGCUGGAGAAAUUGUUAACCGGAAAUCGAGGCAUGGACAUUAGGGAUUACUUCCAGAGCUUGAAAUCGCCGUCGUUGCCGGCUUCGCCGUCACCAUCACCGUCUUCCAAGUUUAAAAGAAAUGUUUCUCUCUCAGAAUUCUGACGCACGUGUGAGAGCUUACUUGCACGUGUAAGAGUUAGUUAUUCUUUUUUAGCAUUUUUUGUAAUUUCCGUGCACAUAGAAUAACGAUUAGAUCGUGAAAAACGGGAUUAGCGAAGAUUAGUUGCUAUAAAAUCCUAAUAUAUGAGGUGUAAGAGUUGUAGAAUACGAUUGUUUAUGAGAUUGGUAUAUGUGAAACCUUUUUUCGAUG